AAGCGUUCCUUGGCUAAGCGGUUGCAGACGCUGUAACUUUUUCAUGCGUCUGAUCAGCUCCUGCAGCGCAAAAGGCGCCCUGCAAACCCAGCGCGCUGGGAAAGGCUGUAGCUGUGUGUAACCGGUGUGUUGCACGGAGCUCCUCUUCUCCCCCCAUCCCCUGGAGCCAGAAACCCAGGGGCGCCGUUUCCACCCAGAGAGGCCAGUUUCACAACGCGGAGCGGGUGCCCGGAGGGGAAGCACGGAGCGGCCCUUAACUCUUGCAGGGACUGACUUGCGGCGCCUGCGCCGGUGCUGCCGGGUGUGAGCGGCGGCGGCGGCGCGAGCGGGCUGUCCCGGGGCGCAGCGCAGCGCAGAGCCAUGGUGAAGAUCAGCUUCCCGCAGCCGGCGGCUGGGCUCAAGCCGGAGAAGGCGGCGGAGGGCGAUGGGGCCCAUUCGGAAAUUCUCCUGCCUCCGUGCGCGGAGGAGCUGCCUCCCCCAGUGCAAACCAGGAGGUCGUCUCUCAGUGGGUUAUGCUACUUGACUAUGGGUCUCGUUGUUUUGCUCAUGGGCCUUGUGUUUGCAUCCAUGUAUGUCUACAGAUAUUUCUUCAUUACCCAGUUUCCACAGCUUCCCCGGGAGAGCGUGUUCCACUGUGGGGUCCUCUUUGAAGACUCUCUCUACUCGCCAUUUAAGGGGAAGUUGGAGUUGCAUGAGGAUGUAAAGAUUUACAUUGAGGAGAACUAUGAGCAGAUCAACAUCCCAGUGCCCCAGUUUGGGGGCAGUGACCCUGCAGAUAUAAUCCACGAUUUCCAGCUGGGGUUGACUGCCUAUCAUGACAUAGCCCUGGAUAAAUGCUAUGUCAUUGAACUGAACACCACCAUUGUGAUGCCACCUCGCAAUCUCUGGGAGUUGCUGGUUAACAUGAAGAAAGGGACAUACCUGCCUCAGACGUACAUAAUCCAAGAGGAGAUGAUUGUUACAGAGCAUGUCAAUGACAUGGAGCAGCUUGGCUCCUUUAUCUACCGCCUGUGCAGCGGCAAAGAGACUUACAGGCUGAAGCGGAGGACUGCUAGGAGACGUAUCAAUCGACGUGAGGUUGGAAACUGUAAUCACAUUCGGCACUUUGAAAACACUUUUGUGGUUGAAACUGUUAUCUGCAAAAAGUCAUGAAGCAGCUCUUCAAAUGUAACCCUCUGCUUUGCUUGCACACACGAAUCCUCUCCUUAGAAGUGAUAAUCUGUCUUACUUUUUUACUCUCUCCCCUGCUUGGGCAGCACUAACUUCUCAGAUCCCUUGUGAUUAUACAUUGGACUCUAUUGUCUCUGUACUGUAUGUACUACUUACUUGGGAUUCUUCGUUGGGCUUAAAUUUACACAGUAAUCCAAAAUGCGACUCAGAAUAGACACAGCAGGACAGGAAUUCCAUCCUGGAGGAUACAUGCUCUGGGAAGUGCAGGGAUGGAAACGGAGGGUAAGAAAUAGCAUGCCGCGUAGAAAUGUUUCAUUCUGCCGGAAUUAGUGGAUGGUUUCAUGCGGAUGUAAUGUUGGCACAGAAAAGCCAAAGUAAAAUAAUGCCAUUAAAGGCAGGUUACCAUUUGGAUGUAAUAACUAGCAGAAGGCUGUUAGGUGCAGUAAGAAAACAGGUAUGAGGUUUGCAAAUGCUGCAUCUAGGGAAGUUCUGCCAAACUAAGUAGUAACCCUAAAGUGUAAAUUCUUGUUCCAAGUCAUCCAGUGAGUGUGUCUGCUAAGAGCCUAUUUCACAAACAACAAAUGGAGCCUUUACACACUGCUUGUGCACAUUGCUCUGAAAUUAUCACAGUGUACUUUUCUGAGGAAGGACUAUCUGAUUCGGUACACAUUGACCAUUCUGCGCCCCUCAGCUGAUCUGCAAGCAGGGGGGUGGGGAGAGGGGAGUGUGGAUUCUAGAAGGAGCCAAAGGAAAAAGAGAGUGACUAAAUUGAAUGGAGAGUGAUUCAAGCUUCAUUGCUUCAUGACCACAAAGCAGUGAAUGGUACGCAAGUAUAUAUGCCCCAGCACAAAUAAUGGGCCCAUCUUUGGGUAACUUUUGAUAGCACAUUGUGAUAUUUUCACCAGGAGGACACUGUUCUUCAGCAUUUAGCCCAACAUACUGAGCAGACAUUUAUCUAUUUAUACUGGGCAGACAGGCCUUCUCUUUCCAUAUAUUUUCCUGAAGUAAAUAAAGGGACAGCCUCAAGUGGUGUAAAUUGUCAUUGCUCCAUUGCAGUCCCUUUAACUGGUCGUUGAAGUCAAUGGAGUGAUGAAACUUUACACUGGCUGAGAAUCUGCCCCAUACAGGUCUAACUACUAUAAUCCAUAUUGGGGGGGGGGAAAAAAAUUCCAUGCUUAUUUUCUAUCUGAAUGUUUCCACUGAUUUCACACUAUCAGAGGCUCUUGGUCCUAAACCAUUUCACAUGUCCCCUCUCUGUCUCACAGUCUGAGCUAUGGGGUAUUCCCCUUUUCCAUGGGGCAUGGAGGCAGACCAGCUAAUUGGUUGUAUGCUAGGGGCAAGGAACAGCCCAGCCCUUCAUUGGAAUUCAGCAGAGUUCUCUGCCUCCACUUCUAUGCAAGUGGCAUGUUAAGGGGGUCUGCUUGUUUGGGGACUUUGAAGAUCUUAAUGUAAUAGUUAAGCAGCUUUUUCAGUUUUUUGACAUUCGUUUUCCUUACUUUAACCUGUCAGGAUCUGUAAUGUGCCCCUAGCCCAUCUUGCAAGCACAGCCAGUGACCCCAGCUGCAGAGCUUGUAGAGGUAGCAGCAUCAGCAUGAACAGUCUGUUUUUGAGAGACUUCUCUUGCAUAGUGUGAAACAGUCCUCUUUUUGUAGCAUCACAAACACUGGUGUGGGCUAUUUUUAUGCCAAUAAGUAUUGUCUAGCCAUGUGCAGUCUUGCAGAACUACCUGGCCUGUUAAGAGAGACCACUCAACACCCAUAUAGUUUUUUUUUUUUUUAAAAAUGCUGAUCUACAGAUGUGAUGGAAUCCCAGUAUAGACAUCGGAGCAAGACCAAGAUUUGGUUGAUCGAUAUACUGCAUAGAAAUAGUGUGAGCUGAACUGCAUGUCUCUUGAUCGGCAAAAAGAAAAAAAAUUGUAGGGUAAUUAUGUAUUUUUCUCUCUGCUCUAUAAAUCCAGUUAAAUUAAGUAGGUCCUUGAAAUGCAGGCCAUUUUUUUUUUUUUUUUUUUUGCUUUUGUGAAUGGGGUGGAUUUAGAAUUGGCACAGUCUUUUUAAUUGGUUUCCAAAUCUGGACUUGUUCCCCAUCUGUUGAAAUGAGCUUGAUGUUUUAGAAAGAGGAAAGAUAAAGUAAAAGCAAGUACAAUCAUUAACUCCACAGAACCAAAAAAAGAGAUGUUUUGUGAUAGACAACUUUAAAGUAGUAAUGCUGUGAAUUAAUUAUACGAAAGCAAAAGUUUUAGGCAAGCAUGCAGCACAACGGUAAUUUGUCUGUCCUGAGAUAUUGAGGGUUAUUUAUAUAAACUUAUAAAAAGGAAUGGUUAAAUUUUAACCCAUCAGAAUGCAGACUUUUUAGACUUACUCUAAUGUUUACGCUUAUGGAAAAGGAAAAGUCCUGGACAAUUUGCACCGCUUAGUAAGGUAUGUUUCCCCCAACACCAGUAGAGUGUGUGCUUUAUGUAGAAUAGAAUUUUGUGUUUUGAAAAUUUAAUCUGUUUAGUCCUAACCCUGCUUUGCAAAGUGGAUCACUAACGUGUACUGGGAGCGGGGGAGGGAAAUGAGCACCUAUCAGUUUGCUUGAUGGAAAUACAGCAAAUUGGUAAAUUUAAGCCCUGCAUUUAUUUUUGCUUUUAGGAAUGUCAGCCAACCUGCACUCAGGUAGAAAUACAGACUUCCUUCUGAUUCUGCAUGUUUUAGCUGGUCAUUAAAUAUGCUAACUAUGUGCAAUCCCUGAACUUUAAGAAUAAGGCCUUAGUUCUUUAGCGUGAACUAAAGUAAUCACAAUUCAUAGGAUCAAAACAGCAGUUGCCUAGUAACAAAACUUAAAAUGCUUUGUAUAUUUUGUCUGUUAGAGAAAUCUGACCUGUUAAUAAAAUCUUUUACCUCUGA